AUGGAAGAUAUAGUGACAGUAGAGAAUAUAGACAAACAGGUUGCAGCUGUGGUCGAAGCAAUUCUACCGCUUGUGGAGAAUGAGGUAUGUAUUUAAACUACGCUUUGACUGUGCAGAUUGUAACAAUGUUGCUAUAUCACGCACGUUCCGGACUUGUUCGCAACAACAACUCUGAUAAUUCUGCAAGGUUGUUAUAUAAUUAGAAGUUAACAAAUUGUCACCUAUUUGUGCACAGCUUGGAACAAGCGGUGCGAUAACAACUCGUUUACAGCUUGUUGCAGAGUUGUUAUAAGGUGUGAGAUUUUUAUGACUGUAGUGUAAUACAAUUACCCGAAUAAUCCUUCUAUAUCAUGACGAACUUCAACGGCGUGUCAUCAUGCGCUUUCCAUAUUUUUAGCAAGUCCAUAAUACCAUAUCUGAAAAAGACAAAAAGAAAAGGGUAAGUACACUAGCCGCUUACGUCAGUCGUUGUGGUUUAGAAGACUUAUGGUAUACAUGAUCUUGUAAGAUAAUUAUACCACAAGACCGUAUAUUCAUAUGUUUGUAUAUUGUACUUUUCAAGACAAAAAAGAGAUGCCCUGAAUGUAAUAAAGAGCGAUGCGCCUUACCACAACACUUGCAAAGAGUACACGGGUUUUCCAUAACGCACGCAAGGAAUGUGGGGCGUCAACAACGCGUUGAUAGAACCCGGGGUUCAAAGCUGGCAGAAUUGGAGCCAUGCGUGGUGGACAAUUGUUCUCGUUACAUUGUGCGAAUAGGACACCAUCUAAAAAAUUACCACAAAUUCAACAGAGAUUCAACGGAAUACAUAUCGUAAGUAUGUUAUUAAUUAAACAUGCCUUUUCAUUUGAAAAUGUUCAAUGAAUUGUCUUUGAAUUAGAGCUUGCAAAACCAGCUAAUUCUAAUUAUGCAACACAUAGAUUGAUGACAAAGGCCAAGGAAUACCGAGGAAUGCGACGGAGAGCAAAACUGAGGAACGCCACGUUCCCAAUGCCCCUUCAAGGACCGCUGUGUCCUAAAGAGGUCGUAAAAGGGGAAUUGGAAGGCAAAAUAAAGAAAAACAAAAUAUUUAGCCUCUUUAAAAACUACAUGACGUCAUUCGAUGGCGGACGAAAAACUUAUUCCAAGGAAGAAGUGAGCAAUGUCGCUAGACUUCUAUACCAGGUUGACGGGUAUGUCAAUGACUGCUCUCUGCUGUGGCGACCGGAGUCUGUUGCCAUGAUCAGACGGCGAUUUUUCGAAGGUAACCACCUGAGACAAAUACCGAAACAGCCGGGUACGCUCUCUCAUUAUUUAUCUUCGUAUACUUCAUUUCUCAAAUUCGCCAAGUCAUAUUCUUUAUCGCUGAGGUGUUUGAUGACAAUGGAACAACAAGACAUAAACGAAAUCGAUGCAACACUAGUAAAUAUAAAAAAUUGGGCCAAAAUUAUCAACAAAGACAAGCGCCGUAGGGCGCACGAACUGCGAUUGCGCGAUAAACAAUCGUUGAUUCCACCUGAAGCGUAUCAAGGGGUUUUAAACUGUGACGAGUCUUUGCGAAUUCGCAAUGAUUUCCUUAAACUAUCGGCCGACUCUGUUAUCACAGAAAAUAUUUAUAUAGAAUUCAGAGAUUACCUGAUAUUAUCACUUCAACUCAGAAACGCGCAGCGACCCGGCGCCAUUGCAAACCUGACUGUGGACGAAUUCCGUGGAGCCGAAAUUCGUGAUAACGGUGAACAGGAAUCUCUAAUGGUAACACACACCUGGCAACAUAAGACAUCAAGCAAUGGACCAGCACCAUUAGUUUGGAGUAAAUCCGACUUUGAUAUGGGCUGUCUUUAUCUCAGAUAUCUACGCCCUAACUUCGCAACGUCUUCAUCACAAGGAACACAAAUCGAAAAUUAUUUCUUUCUCACAACGUCAGGCCUACAAUUGGUUGGUAAUAAAGUUACGACUCGAGUAAACAACAUUGCUGCACGUCUUUGUCCCAAUUCAAAUGUCAAUUUCACUGCGACACUUAUUCGCAAGACUGUAGUGACCACACAGCGGGAACUUUCGCGCAAAUGCAAUGCCAAUAUAGAACGUGGGCAUCUAGCUAAUGCAAUGACACACUUACCAUCAACUUCAGAUACCUAUUAUGCGCUUCAGGACAGAACGGAAGACGCGAUCAACGCCUAUAAAUUUAUAAAAAAUCAAGUGCAUACCAACGUGGAACAACAGUCGGACGAACCAGUGGAUUAUGCAUGUACACCAGACAAGUCAACCGUCACUACAAAUGCGAACGAGUCAAAUUUAUCAUUGCCAUCGUGUUCGAUACCACCAUCACUUCAGUCACCAACCAAAUCAUUUGCAACAACGCGUAGUCGCAGGAAAAUGACUGCAGAUGAAGAGAGUAAGUUUAAGGAAGCAGUUGCCGAUUUGCAACGAGAUGAGAACUUGCCUAUUAAAUCAAUCAUAACAGCUUUGAAUAACGGCAAUUUCUUCACGUCAUGCCCGUCUGCAACAGACUUUACAAAGCAACAGAUAAGAGACAAGUAUAAGUCAUUAAUAAGAAUAGAAAAACGCAAUGGAAAUUAA